AUGUCAGAAAAGGAACCUGCCGAAGGGGCAGGAAAAGAAGGGUCGUCUGAGGAUGACGAUGUUGUGGAAGUGCCGCAAGCAGGGAAUGCAGAAGUGACACCGCUCGGCACGGCGGAUGUCGCGGAGCCCAGUGCUCACGUGGAAAAUGUCUCCGCCGCGUGCGAGGCGCCUGAUGCGGAACCAGGUGGUGAAUCUCCAAAGGAUUCGACAGCAGAGACAGGACGCGAAGUUGCGGCGAAGGAGGACACAGAAGGAGGGAGUGCGAGCCGAGAGGGAGCAGGCGAGGGAGCAGGCGGCGGAGCAGCGGAUCCGGAAGGUGGAGCAGAGUCGGAGAGAGUGCAAGCUGGUGAGGUUCCGAAGGAUUUCAAAACAGAGGCAGCGGGAGACGGUGCGACGAAGGAGGACGCAGAAACAGCAACGGCGAGCCGAGAGGGAGCGGAUGGCGUAGACGCAGAGGGAGCUGAAGCGGAUUCGAAGGCACAGACAGCAGGUGACGAUGCGACGAAGGAGGACGCAGGAACAGCGACAGCGAACCCAGAGGUACCGACAGAUGCAGGAGCAGAGGGAGCCGAUGUGAGUGCCAAGGCACCGGCGGCAGAUGACGGUGCGACGAAUGAGGACGCAGAGAAAGCGAUGGCGAAACCAGAAGUACCGGUCGAUGGAGAAGCAGAGGGAAUUGAGGCGGAUAUCAAGGCACCGGCAGCAGAUGACGGUGCGACGAAAGAGGACACAGAACCAGCAACUGAGUUGUCGAAAGGAACAAGGAAGGGAGGAGCAGACCCGGAAAGCGGGGCAGAGGCUGAGAAGGCGCAAGCUGCGGCGGCAGAUAAAGAACAAACAGAGGCAGAUGCGACGGAAACGAUGCAGCCCAGUGAGGUGGAAAAGAAGACGGCGAAUGCGGACCCGCCUUCCGCCGUUGCGCAGGCGGAUCCUGCUGUUGCUCUCGCCACUGCCCCCGAAGUCGUUCCCGCUGUCACUUCCGCCGCUGCUCCCGCUGCUGCUCCCGCUGCUGAUCCUGCGGCACCACUCGCUUCCCCGGCGGAAGCUGUUCCGCCAGCAACCCCUGCCCCUCCUGCGGAAGCGGGGGCUGCUCCCUCCGCCACCCCCGUUGCUCCGCCAGCUCCCGGUGCGCCUCAGCAGGCACCACCAUCUGCUCCCGCCGUUGCCGCCUCUUACGCAACGAUAGACGCGGAGAUCAAAGCGGUGCGGGACAUGCCGAAUCCUUUGGGCCCGGGACCUUCCGGAAGCGCAUCCGCACCAACGCCCGCAACCGACGCUGCGCAAGCAUCUCCUGCGCCGCCAGCAGCGGCGAACGCAGCAGCGGCAGGCGCAGCGGCAGCAGCGCCAGCAUCCGCGGCAGGGGGACAGGCAGCGCCAGCAUCCGCGGCAGGGGGACAGGCAGCGCCAGCAAUUGAAACAAUAGAGCUGGACGACGACGACGAGGACGACGAAACGGACAACAACGCGCUGAACGCGAUCCUCUCCGUGCCACCGAAAGAGCUCGAGACAGCGGUGGAGAAGCUCCUAUACAUCCACAUGAGGCCGCGCCUGCCGGGCGCGGAGGACGACGAUCAGGUCGCGCCGCACACGAUGGCGGCGCUCGAGACGGGCGUGAAGUGGGUGCUGAAGCGGCAGGGCUCGGCGGUGCCCGCGGAGCAGUGCGUGCGGCUGGCGAAGGCGCUGCUGCUGGACUCGCAGCACGGGAAGCGCGGGCGCCCGCGCAAGUACUUCGCGGAGGCGGAGGUGAACGUGGCGCUCGCCGCCGUGAGCGCGUGGCUGGAGAGGCGCAGGCAGCAGGAGGCAGGGGAAGGGGCAGGGGCAGGGGGAGCAGGAGGAGGGGCAAAACCAGGCGACGCAGCAGUUGCUGCGAAGGCGGCAGCAGCAGCGACUGCAGGAGCUGCAGGGGGGGCGGGUUUCCCUGGGCCGGCAAUGCAGCUGCUGGCGCAGCAGUAUCAGCAGGUGCCGCAGCAGCAGCAAGCGAGCUGGUUGCGGCCUCCUGUUGCUGCAGCAGGCGGACUUCCGCCAGCAACGCAGCUGGCGCAGCAGCAGGGGCAUGGGCAGCAGCAGCAGCAGCAGCAGGCGAAUCUACUGACCAUGCCGUCCCUAAACCCGCGGUUAGAUCGCUCAGUGGAACUGCCUGGUUACUACCCCAGCCGUGUUCCCCCAGGCCUGACGUUCAACUUACGCCCCGGCGCCAUACUCGCCGGCACCGUACCUCGCACCGUACCUGCCGGCUCCGCACCUGCCGGCACCAUACCUCGCACCGUACCUGCCGGCACCGCACCUCCCACCAUGUUUGCCAGCACCAUAUCUGCUACCACAGUUGCGGCGUCGCCUGCAGGGAAUCAGACGGACGGGGUGGGUCUGUGGCAGGGCAGAACACGGUUGGGAGGGCUGGGUUCUAAGGUGCGGCAGGGGAGGCAAGCGUGGGAGGGGUUUGGGGGGCUGAAUUCAGUGCCCUCACAGCAAAGUGAAGAGGCUGGCAGGAGGCUUGUGAUGCCGGCGGGAGAAGCACAGCGGGUGACACAGGGGCGAGAGCAGGGAGUACAGGGGGGAACGCAAGGGCGAACAGAGGGGGUAACUCAGGCGCGCGGGCAGGGAUUAGCGAACGCACCACCGGUGAGGGAGUAUGUUUUGGGGCUGAAGGCGCCUGAUAGGAGCACGCAGAGGCCGGGAGCAGGGCUGGUGGAAGUGCCUGUAGGGGGGGCUGCCCCGGGAGCGAUUCCGGGGUCGGAGCGGGGAGCGAGGCGAGGAGAACGGCAACCUGCUAGCGCUCUGCAGCAGCAGCUGCAGCACCAUCAUCAGCAGCAUCAACAGCGGCGGCAGGAGCAGCAGCAGCAGCAGCAGCAGCAGCAGCAGCAGCAGCAGCAGCAGCAGCAGCAGCAGCAGCAGCAGCAGCAGCAGCAGCAGCAGCAGCAGCAGCAGCAGCAGCAGCAGCAGCAGCAGCAGCAGCGGGUGCAGCAGCGGGUGCAGCAGCGGGUGCAGCAGCGGGUGCAGCAGCAGGCACAGAAGCAGCAGGAGAAGCCGCCAGAGGUGCAGCCGCCAACAGAAAAUCUCCCAGCGCCAGGGCUGGGCAAGGACGUAUGCGUGCAUAAGUACUACCUGCCGGGAAUAGAGGGCAGCGGAGAGGCGGGCAGGCAGAAGCAGGAGCGCGAGCACGCCACCUUGCUGGCGUUUCUCCACUGGCUCUACCCCCACCUGUGCGGGAUAUGCAAGGCGGUGGUGCAGCAUGGGCCGUUUGUGGAGGGCGCGCAGGGGCGGUUUGGGGGGUACGAGGUGGGGGAUGUGGCCAAGGGGAAGGAGCGCGGGGUGCUGGUGCGCGCGCCCAGCAACUGGCGGAACGUGGGGGACUCCUCAUGGGCCACGGAGAUGAACCAGGUGAGUGGAGUGGGGAUGGUGGCGUGUCGGUUGGUGGGCAAUGGCACCUCUCCACUGGCCCUUCUUUUCCCAUCCCGCUCCCUCGUCACGCUCAUUUCCACCUCCCCUUCCUUCCUCUCUUUCCCUGACCACCACCACCUGUGCGAGCAGCAAGGGCCAAAGAAGCGGCGGCUGGUGUUUGUGGGCUGGCAGGCGUUUGCACAGACAGAGCGCGGUGCAGUGGACGUGGGCAUUCACAUCGAAGACACGGACGCCAUCAGGUCUCUCCUCGCCAAGAAGCGCCGCCUGCAGCAGUUUGCCCGAAACCGAGUCUCUGACAUCCAAACCUUAAAAGGCAGGCUCUCCGAAGCUCGCGUGCAGGUUCGGUCGCUCAAGGACCAGGUUCGGGAUCUCCAAAGCCAGCUGAAGGCUGCCAAGGAGAAGGAGAAAGCACGGGGGCGUGGCCGAGGGGAGAGAUCAGCAGAGGACGAGCAGAAGCAGCUGCAGCGGCGGCUCAAGAAGCUCAAAGCCCGGGCCGGUAACCGUCCAAUCACCGCUGAUGAUGUGGCGAUGCUGGAUCUGAUGUCAGACGACGACGACGAUGACGAGGACGAGGAUGCGGAGGGUGACGGGGCGGCAGCAGGGGCAGAGGGAGCAGCAGCAGAGGGGGUGCGGGAGGAGGCAGCAGAUGCGGCGAUAGGAGUGGAGUUGUGGAUUCAGGAGUUGGAUGAGCCAGAUGAUGAGAUGGUGAAUGAAUUGCUGGAAGACAUUGAAGUCAUGCCCAAUGUGGUUAUCCCUAGUGGGACCAGUACACCCGGUGUGUUUGGGGAGUCACCGCAACUACCCGCUGUUGAUGUCCCAGCGCCGUCCCCUGCCGCGUUCUCGCCUGCUAACGCGUCCCCCUUUCAGAUUCCUCAAACUCCUAAUGCUGCUGCUCUCGCUGCUGCGGCGGCUGCUGCUGCCGGUUCUCCUGCUGGUGCGGGAGCUGCGGCGUCCCCAGCAGCAGGCAGGACCAUCUCGCCUCUCCUGCAGCAGCUGCUGCAGCGCUCCUCCCGCCCCAUUGCCCCCAGAACCACCAAACCCCAGCGCUCUUCUGCCGCCCCCGCACCUCCAACCUCUCUCAACCGCGCUCCCAUCCUCCCCACUGUCCCCCGCCACGCCUCCAACUCGUUCCUGCUUGCAGCAGCAUCAGGACAGAUCCCCACCCCUGCCGCACCUCCCGCUCCGUCCCCUGGAAACCCUCCCCGCACCCCUGGCUCUGCCGCCGCUGCUCCUCCCCGUGAGCGUUCCGGGGGGCCGUCCCUGGGCGUGUGGGAUAGGAUCCAGCUGAGGCGGAAGAGGGCAAGGGAGGGGCUGACAGGGGACCCGGAGGAGCCGGGGGCACAGCAGAGAGACGGGAGGGACGGGAGAGCGGGACGAGAGGGGCUGCAGCAGCAGCAGGAGGCGGGCGGGCGGGAGGGCAUGCUCACUCGCCCUUCCCUGGGGUCAGGCCGGCCGCUGGCUGGGUUACGGAAGCGGAGGCGGGAGGGGCAGGUUGACCCGGUGUUUGGAUCCGCUGGGCUGCGACCGCGCGGGCGCGAGCGCGACAUUCUGUUCUGGUUCCAGUCCACUGAGCGGCGCAAGAUGAACCGGUUCCAGUCACGGCUGGAGAAACGCCUGCACAAGGUGAACCUGCAGCGGAGGGCGUGGCGGCGAGGCGAGGAGGGAGGGGUGGAGGAGGAGGGUGGUGGGGAGGGGCAGGAUGGGGAGGAGGGGGAGGAUGGGGAGGAGGGCACGGAUGGGGGUGGGGAUGAGGAGGGAGGGGAGGGGGAUGUUGUGGAGGUGGGAGGGGGUGCGGGGGGAGGUGGUGGAGAGGGAUAUGUGACUCUGUUGUCUACUGACGACGAGGGCAAUGAGGGGGAAGAUGAUGGUGGUGGGGAGUGA